CCGCGCCGCCGCCGUGGGUGCGGGUCCCGGUGCCGGUGCCGCCGCCGCUCUGCGCCCCCGGGCCGCCCGCCCUGUCCGCGGCCGCCAUGGGCUCCCUGCUCAGCCGGCGCAUCGCGGGAGUGGAGGACAUCGACAUCCAGGCCAACUCGGCCUACCGCUACCCGCCCAAGUCCGGAAACUACUUUGCAAGUCACUUCUUUAUGGGAGGUGAGAAGUUUGACACCCCUCACCCUGAGGGUUACCUUUUUGGUGAGAACAUGGACUUAAACUUCCUUGGAAAUAGACCAGUUCAGUUUCCCUAUAUAACUCCAGCUCCACAUGAGCCAGUGAAGACACUGAGGAGUUUGGUGAACAUCCGCAAGGACUCUCUCCGACUUGUGAGGUAUAAAGAUGAUGUUGACAGCCCUACUGAAGAGAAUGGGAAGCAGAAGGUCCUGUACAGCCUGGAGUUCACCUUUGAUGCAGAUGCCCGUGUUGCCAUCACAAUUUACUGCCAGGCUACAGAGGAGUUUGUUGGUGGCAUGGCCGUAUACAGCACAAAGAAUCCCUCUCUGCAGUCCGAGACAGUUCAUUACAAGAGAGGGGUAAGCCAGCAAUUCUCCCUGCCUUCCUUCAAGAUUGAUUUCUCAGAGUGGAAGGACGAUGAGCUGAACUUUGACUUGGACCGUGGCGUGUUCCCUGUGGUCAUCCGAGCAGUGGUGGAUGAAGGGGAUGUGGUGGUUGAGGUCACUGGUCAUGCCCAUGUUCUUCUGGCUGCAUUUGAAAAGCACGUUGAUGGCAGUUUUUCCGUGAAACCACUAAAACAGAAGCAGAUCGUUGACCGGGUGAGCUACCUGCUUCAGGAGAUCUACGGCAUCGAGAACAAAAACAACCAGGAGACCAAGCCCUCAGACGACGAGAACAGCGACAACAGCAACGAGUGCGUGGUUUGCCUGUCGGACCUGCGGGACACCCUGAUCCUGCCCUGCCGCCACCUCUGCCUCUGCAACUCCUGCGCCGACACCCUGCGCUACCAGGCCAACAACUGCCCCAUCUGCAGGCUGCCCUUCCGUGCCCUGCUGCAGAUCCGGGCGGUGAGGAAGAAGCCGGGGGCUCUGUCGCCGGUGUCGUUCAGCCCUGUCCUGGCACAGAGUGUGGACCAUGAUGAGCACUCUCACCCCUUUAAAGCCCUUAAGGUGAGCUCUGUCUCCCUGCCCAGCAGGAAGCCUAGGAGGGAAGUAAGAACAAGCUCUGACAACAUCCCCCCAGGCUACGAGCCCAUCUCCCUGCUGGAAGCGCUGAACGGCCUGCGCUCGGUGUCCCCCGCGCUGCCCUCGGCCCCUCUGUACGACGAGAUCAGCUACUCGGGGGUGGUGGACGGGAUGCCUCCCGCCAGCCGCCCGCUCGUGGCCAUGGACAGAGCCCUGGAGGGUGGCCACCAAAAGGGCAAGCGCAGCAAGUCUCCAGACAGCACACUUCGGUCUCCCUCAUCCCCGAUCCAUGAGGAGGAUGAGGAGAAGCUCUCCGAAGACUCUGACUCGCAGGCGGUGCUGAGCGGGGGUGAGCUGGUCCUGAGGGAGACCAGCUCUCCAGAGAGCGUGGCAGGGGAAGAGAUGGAGGAGGCCUCAUCCGUGCAGCAGGGUAGCCGCCCGCCCUCGGUCGAAGACGUGCUGCAGGACGGCGGCUGCGGCGAGAGCCGGAGCCUGACGCGGUCCGAGAGUGACCCCCCGGUCGACGUCUUCCUGCCAGGCUCGUCCGACUUCACCAAGACGUUCCCCGUCCGCGGCACCGGCAGCCCCACGCAGCCCCUUCUCUUCGAGCAGACCCGUCUGCACCUGGAGGACGAGCAGAGCCUUUCGUGAGCGGGGCCGGAGCCUGCCCGUGCCGCCGGAGCCCGCCGGGCUCUCCCGGGACGCAGCGCGGGGUGUCGCACCGGCGCGGUUUCGGCACAGCCUGUGCAUGUUUCCUGGCGGUGGGUAGGGGCUGGUGUCGUGUUUUUCCGUGGGAGAUGUCUGUGGGGCCGGGGCGGGGGUUCGGGGUUCGAGUCGGCAGAUGAAGGACACUACCGAUGUAUAUUUUGUACUUACCGAGCACAGCCCUUUGCUGUCACUGCCCCUGUACAUAACUGUGGCCCUCCCUGCCUUGCCGGGGCGCAGGGCUCCGCGGGAGAGCGGGGGAGUGCGGGGCUCAGCCCUGGCCCACCCCGAGGCAGUCACGGGAGGGACGUGGGGGUCAGCCCCGUCCCAGCCCGUGCGGGGUGACCCCCGCGCCCCCGCUCCCGCAGAGCCCGGCGCUGCCCACGCCGUGUGCCUUGUUCUGCUUCUGCGGGGGGUCCCGGGGCGCAUCCCCCCACCUCCCGGUCUAUGUUUGUAGUAAUAAACCCGUGGAGCAGC